AUCUAGUGUCGUAAAUAUUUUAGAUUAUUGUAUUUUUUUAUUAACUUACUUCUGAAAUGUUGGAUCAUGACGAUGAGGUGUCUUUUAAAAAGAAAACCGAUAGUCAAAUACGACGAGCAAAAUUCAUAGUGCAACGCCGAGCAUCGUCUACCAUCGUGCCCGAGAAGCAGAGACACUUCAUAACACCAAACAAAACCAGAUGCAAAGCAUAUACUUGCUUUCCACAUGAAGACCCUUAUAAAAAAACCAAGAAACUGAAUCCCUGCCUCAAAUCGCCAACCACUUUAUACGAGAUGGCUGAACAAAUCGUCAACAGAAUGAGGUUUCCUGAUGCCUUAUCCUGGAGUGUUGAGGAUGUAACCAAAUGGAUGGUGGACUUAGGGCUUCCUCAGUAUCAGGAAUGUAUAAAAGAAAACUGUAUAAACGGUACCCGACUUUUGAUGUUGGAAGACCCUUCGAAGCUACCUGAGAUCAAUAUUCAUGACUUCAAAGAUAUACAGUUGAUAUCAAACAGCGUGCGACAGCUAUUUCGGACAGAGUUCAUAAGAUUUACAAGAAGCAUAGCCCUGCCAACAAGGAAACCGUUAACGCUUUGCACUUGGUUCAAAUCCCGGACGGGACCAAAUUGGGGUAUUAGGAAGAAUUGGAAUCGAUGCGACCUUUUAAGGGGAAUGGAGAUCAUAAUGGGUUCACCAGUGUACAGAGACCAUUGGGAUUUGGUAUGGUAUCAGAAACCAGAUUUCCCUAAAGUGAUGUUCGCUAGAGUGCCCAAGCCUGAAUCUCAAGUUCAUAUACCACAUUAUAAACCAAUAAAAGAAGUCUGCAAUGAGUUCAUGGUACCCCGUAAAUUUCGCAUCCAAACCGGUAUUCCUGAAGAGGAUCAGAUGAUUUGGAUGGAACACCGUCCUGGUUCACUAGACUUUAGAAGAGAGAAGCACGGAGAAGGGAAGAAAAAGGAAAAGAAGAUGUUGACGAUUCCGAAAGAGUGCAGACUGAUGCCAAAGAAAGUGUCAUUGACAGGGCUGACGGGGAAGAACUUGAUCUUAGCGAGGAGGAAGAUGGCUAUACCUAAGUUCUUGCCUUAAUUUUGUAUACCGUUGAGAAAAUAUUACUUCAUUUCAAAUUCUUAUCUUAUGUCAAAUCUACCGUCAGUUCAGAAUGAUUGCGAGAUGAAAAGAACUGACAAGAAACUCAGCUCGUAUUCUUUUCAAAUAAAUGUUGUACAAGUUUACAAUAAA